UAAAGGUAGAGGCUUUGAGUCAGGAAUCAUUUAAUUCAGUUUUAUUAUUUAAACAACAGGGAAAUGAAGAUCCUUCCAAAAGACUCAACAAAGAAGAUUUCAUUUUGGCCAUCAUGACAAAGCAACAACUGGAAAUGUAUAAGAAAUUUGCAAGCAGAAUUUUAUGCAUGGAUUCCACCCACAAAACAAACAGCUAUUCCUUUAAGCUUGUGACACUUAUGGUAGCUGAUGAAUUUCGGAAAGGUUAUCCUGUAGCAUUUUGUAUAUCAAAUAGAGAGGAUGAAACAGUAAUGAAUCUAUUUUUGUCUUCAGUUAAGGCUCUCUCUCCUGAAACCAAAGUCAAUGUUAUUAUGACUGACGAUGACAAUGCAGGAUGGAAUGCUGCACAAUCAGUAUAUGGCGGUAAUCUUCAGCACUUCUUAUGUAUCUGGCAUAUUCAAAGGUCUUGGGUUAGAAAUAUUCAUAGUCAUUUUAAAAAUGAUGUUCAGAAGACAGAAGUUUAUUGUUACUUAUGUGCAAUGAUGCAAGCAAAGUCUGAGUGUGAUUUUCAUAAAUACAAAGAUAUAUUGGUAUCAAAACUUCUCACAAAAAAUCCUGGUUUCUUAAAGUAUCUGUCAGAUUAUUACUUUAAUCGCCCAGAGAAAUGGUCAUUGUGUUUUAGAAAAGGAACUGAAUACGGCAAUGUCAAUACCAAUAUGUUUGUGGAAAGUUUCCACAAUCAACUGAAAACUAUUUACUUUUCAGGAAAGCGCAAUAGGCGUAUAGAUGUACUAUUAGACACAUUGCUAAAUAUAGAGAAUGACCACUUCAUUAAACACUUGCAACGUGUUUCAUUCAAUAAUCCUACUAAUGAGGAUAUCAAUGUUAAGGAUAGACAUAACAAAGGGUUAGAAAUAGACAAUACCAGGAUUAAACAAAUCACUACUUCUUUGUUUUCAUUAGAAUCUGGAAAUGAGAUCUACACUAUAGAAGUGAUGCUAGACAAUUGUGAUCAAGAACAUUGUUACACCAAGUGCAAGAGUUUGCCAUGCAUUAAUCUUUGUUACCAUAUGUAUAAAUGCAGUUGUAAUGAUUAUAAUAACGGUCAUAUAUGUAAACAUGUCCACAAGAUUCAUUCUAGUUCUAGGAACUUGGACAGAAAUAACAAUGAGGAUUCUGAAGAUGACCUUCAUUUGUCCCAUCCAGAGUAUAAACCUACACAACCUGAAAGGAAUUCAUCACAAAGCCAAAUUGAUCAUGUCAACAGUCUAUUGAAUGAGUUGGGUCAACAAGUUACAAAUAGACAGGUUAAGCAAUACAGGCUAACAACAAUAAUAAAGUCCUUGGAAAGUUUAAUUUCAGGAAACAAAGCCUGCAUGACCCUACAAAAUGACACUUCUAGGAAGCUGAAGGUCACUGAAAAGAUAGCUGGGAAUGCGAAUAAUAUCUUGCAACCCAGAUUUCACUCCACCGACAAGAAAAAGGGCAGACCACGAAAAACACCACUGAAGAGGCCAACAGAAGAGGAUAUAAAGAAUCUUUUAGAACAAGAGGGACACACAAAUCCACCAUCUGCGGAAGUGGCCACAGCUGAAACAUCUCAUGGCUCUGUGGCACCAUAUCCACCAUUGCGAUUAGUCCCUCCGCAACAACAACCAAUACAACUGCCCACCAAUGAAGAACAGAAUUUGUUUGUGUAAGCAUUUUGUAAUUCUUAAUAGUUCACCAAUCUGUAGUUCACGAUAAUCUAAUGAUACUGAUUUUAUGAUUUAUAUAUAUCCAUAUACAUGAAAGUUAUUAAGAAUAUAGAAAUCUGAUUUUCUUUUAUAUUUUGUAAAACGAACAAAUUUGCAUAACACAACUAAUAUCUAAAAAACAAAAUUAACAUCAGUGUCGGUCAGGGUGGACUGGGUCAGCCAUCUUGGAUGAGGAUCCCACCUUCAAUGCUGGGGAAAAGAAUUACAGUUAUCCAGAAUGGAAAACCACAACAAAUUAUAUUUUCUGCACGUGGUAUGUUUCUUUCUGUUGUAUUACAUACAGUGAACAGUUUUCAGGAAGUAAUUAUUUCAUAUUUUAUACCACCCUCCCCAAAAUAAAGUCAAGAGGGAUAUACUUAAAUCACCAUGUCCUUCUGUUAGUAGACAUAAUUCAUCCAGAGUAUAUCUUAAAAACUAAUGUUCACAUCAGAUUCAAACUUUCUUUAUAUAUCUUAUGUAUAAUGAUUUGAGCACCUUUCAUUUUUAUUGAAAUUCAUUAACUUAACAUUCAACGAAGUUAUCAAUAUUUUAAUUAUGUCUCUCCUCUUCUAUGGGGAGACAUAUUGUUUAUGUACUUUCUGUCCAUCUGUCACAAAAUCUUGUGAUCUCUUCUCCUCCUAAUAGUGAUUUAGUGUGUUGAGUAACUUUUAUUCCAAUGAAACAUGAACAAUGUUGAAAAUCAUGUCUUUGUGGUCCUGAGGUAUACAAUAUUUCAGAUAUGCCCCUAUAUCAAUGAUCCCAGAUGGAGUAUUAGGCCCAGUCAUCACAUAUUUCAUGAAUAUUUACAUUUCAUUGAACAGAUGGCAAUGGAGAUCCUGAUCCUGAGUAAUGGUAGAUGGAUUUUGGAGCUUUGACAUCAUGUCAGUCCAGUAGUAGACUGACAAUGGCAUAUAUAGGCUUUAACAUUCAAGCCUUAGGCCAGUGUCAAUAGAUUCAUUUAUCCUCUUCCAUGAAACCAAAGUUUAGGAGCUUACUAAUUGCAUACAGUUUUUGGUGAUUUUGGAUGGAUUAUUUUGGUACAACACAUCAUGCAAGGUAUAAUGUUGAAAUAAAGACAUAAAAGUAGAGGUAAGAGACUAAAUAUGUGUUUGUUUACAAGAAAUUUCAAAUGAAGAUUUUGAUCAAAGUUUGUCUUCUUCAUUUCCUUUGAUACAUCAUAUUACUUUCUUAUGGGGUGGGUGUAGAAUCAGUUGGAAAUUUCAUGAAUCAUUAUUUGAUCAGGUGAGCAUUGUGGCUAUUGGGCAUCUUUUGACUUUAACUGUUUCCCAACUGAUGAUGCCCGGACAGUUAAAGUCACUAGUUGUCAAAGUGUAUAAAGCUUUUAAAUUUUAAUAACAUCUUCAGUAUAUUGACAUUAUUAUUUGCGGGGGGGGGGGGGGGGGGGGGUUGUCAAUAAAGCCUUUACACAUUUAGUCAGCUUUUCAAAGUAUAACCUGCAGGACUACCAAAAGGAAAUUACUUCUCUUUUCAUUUUAAAAUUUAUUCAAAUAUGCAGGGUAAACAAAACACAUUAGGUAACUCUAAACCACAUGCAUACUCAGUACCAAUGACAAUAAGUCUUAGAAACCUUGUAUUCACAACAAUUAACAUUUCAAAUACAAUAAAUCUUCUGUAGUAAUAAAAAUAUUAUGCAUGGAACAUGAGUUACCUGAUGUACAUGUAAAUUGGUAUAAUUGCACCUGGAAUUAUGUAUAUGUGUUAAUAAUACAUGUACUUUAAAACUUUUAACAUUUCAUAUUGUAAUCGUUAUCUGUAUAUUGUCAUUUUUGGAUAUUGGUGCAAUCAUACCAUUAGUAAGGGCAGAAACUCUCAUGACAAACUAGAUCUAUGAGGAAAUUCAACUUAUAUUAUGAAAAGUACUGCACUGACCAUUGAUUAAAAACCUAGCUUUUACAUUUAUUAGAUAUUUAAAGAAAAAACAAUGUCUGCCGUGUCAUGCGGGUCUUGGGGAAUUGUUUGAAUUAAUGACAUUAUGAUAUUUAUUGUUUUGGCAUAAAUCAUUUCUUGCAUUUGUAGAAAUUGUCCUUAAAGUGGUAUCAUGGUACUGAUCUUUUUCAAUUUUCUAGUAUUGACUUGUAUGAAAUUUGCUAUUCCUUUGAAAUAGUAUUUACACUGUAAAAUGCAUGUAUCAUUUAAUUUCAUUUGAUCUGGGUUUACUUACAAUUGCAUUGAUUUUUCAGAAAAUUUGCAUGCCCUCUGACGGAAAUAGGACUUGACCC